AGACAGUGAGCAGGUCACCCCGCCGCCGCCACCUCAGCCCUGCGCUGACAGCUCCUCCGAGCCGGUAGAGAGAGAUAGAUGAACGACAGCACACUGGGAUCAUAUACUGUCCCUUUGUUAGAAACGCAAAUUUAACAAUAUAUAUAACACGAGUAUGGUGGCUGUUUGAAAGGAACAGGAUGUCACAGAAAGACACGCUGCUUAAUCUCUUCGCCGGGGGAUGUAGUGGUACGGUGGGAGCCAUCGUGACCUGCCCCCUGGAGGUCUUGAAGACACGGUUGCAGUCCUCUGGCCUCGCCCUCAGACCCGUCUUCCAGGUCCAGCUGGGCACCCUAAGCGGCACUGGGGUUAUCCGACCAGGGACUGUUACACCGGGGCUGCUGCAGGUCCUACGAUCAAUUCUAGAAAAAGAGGGACCGAGAUCACUAUUCCGUGGUCUGGGGCCAAAUCUUGUUGGCGUGGCCCCGUCAAGAGCCAUUUACUUUGCUACAUACUCGAAAUCUAAAGAGAAGUUCAAUGGGCUGUUCGUCCCUAAUAGUGGAGUGGUGCACAUGUCCUCUGCUGGUGUUGCAGCUUUCGUUACUAACUCUCUGAUGAACCCCAUCUGGAUGGUCAAGACCAGGAUGCAGCUGGAGAAAAAAGCCAGAGGAGAGAAGAAGAUGAAUGCACUUCAGUGUGCCCGCUAUGUUUACAAAACAGAAGGUAUUCGGGGCUUCUACCGAGGCCUGACUGCAUCUUAUGCUGGCAUCUCGGAGACCAUGAUCUGCUUCCUCAUCUAUGAGACACUGAAGAAACACCUCACCAAGAGCCAAUUCACCUCCCCGAAUAAUGAAAAGGAGAAAGGAGCCUCUGUCUUCCUGAGUCUGAUGAUGGCAGCUGCUUUUUCAAAGGGUUGUGCGUCCUGCAUAGCUUAUCCACACGAGGUCAUUCGGACAAGGCUGCGUGAAGAAGGCAGCAAGUACAAGUAUUUCUUCCAGACAGGGAGGUUAAUAGCAGUGGAGGAAGGCUAUGCAGCUUUUUAUAGAGGACUCAUUCCACAGCUAAUUAAACAGAUCCCUAACACAGCCAUCGUCCUCUCCACAUAUGAACUCAUUCUCCAUCUGUUGGGAGAGUCCAAGUGAAGAAAAUGCUUGAAAGUUGGGAUAUUCCUGACAAACAAUGGAUGUCACACAAAACCCAAGACAGGCUGGGCAAGAGACUUUUGAAAAUGCAGCACAUACAUUUUUUUUUAUAUGGUGCUACAGAGACUUUUAUGGUGGAACUGAAGCGGGUUGUACUGAUAUCCAAAGAGCUAAACGCAUUAUUGAAAGCUUGUUAGGAGUUCAACUCAAUAACUGAGGAAGUUUGUGGUACUUAUUAAAACUCCAAACCUGUGAAAAAGGUCAUCUUCUUAGAGGACUAGUGUUAAGUUAACUAAAUUAUUUUAUGUUUUGUUAUUUUACGACUGUUUGUUUCCUUUUAUCAGUGGUAAAUGUACCAACACAUGACUGCGCAGGUUGACUCUUCAGAUGAUGUGCUAGUAAUAGUGCUGUUCCUUGCAAUGUAAUGACCACACAGAUCGUUUUGAGAUUUCAGUUUCACAAAUACAAUGUGCUGGUUUUGAAGUUUUGAAUUACAGAGAAAUGUAUCAUAUUUUUAAUUAAUAUAUAUAUAUAUAUACAUAUAUAUAAUUAUAUACAGGCUCAUCUGUAUGUUUUCUUUGUGGGGUGGGGGGAAAGAUAGUCACCUUUUUACAAUAUAAUGAGAACACAGAUGCUUAUUUGACCAAUGGAUCAAUAAAAUGCAUCAAUAAACCUCAUCAGUUGGUGUUUGACCUGAAUACUGAAGAAUAUAUUCUGUCAUUACAACAAUCUACCUUUUUUAUAAAGUGAUGAAAGCACAAGGACAGAGCCGUGUUGUUGCACUGUUGAGAUGGCAACAUCAGGAUAUGUGAGAGACUAGUUGGCUGGUUUGGUUCUGAAGUCCAAAUAUUCUGUUGAAUUAAUUUAAUUACAAAUUUCCACCUGGUGAAGAUUUGGCUGAAAAAACAUUUAAGAGUUAAAAUAAAAAGUGUCUUCUGUCGGAACUCUCUUUAAGGAAUUUAAAUUCAUCCCACUUUUUGGACUAUUCAAAAUGUCUCCAGCCUAAAAUGUACAUUACAUGCUCUGCUUUGCUCUCUACUUGAAACCUAAGGUAGUUUGUUAAUGCCAUGACUGAACAUCGAGAUGUGUUUUCUAAUUGUUUUCAUCCACGUUCUGCAAGUUGCUGAGAACGUUACGGUUUCUUUCAGUAAUGCCUGCUUCACAUACAUUUGCAGAUCUUAAAACAAGUCUUCCACAUAUCAUCAUGCCUAUAAAAGUUUUCACCCCCUU